GCCGGGCUGCGGGGCGGCGGCUCCGGGACGGCCGCGCGGCACUCUAGCAGUCAGCCUUCUGGAGCCCAGAGGACCUGCCAUUGUGCCCUCCCCUAGGCGAGGCCCAGGUGGUUAAACUGCCCAGCUUGCCAGCCACUUGCACCACUCAGCUCUGGCUGUUGGCGGUGCCAGGGAUCAAACCCUGGGCCCGCUCACCUGCAAGUCCUGAAUGCCCUCCCCUGGCCUACAGUUUGAAGCCGGCUGGCUGGCGCAGGCCUGUUAAUGGACAUGAGGCUGGUGUGUUCCAGCGACAAUGCGGUCCUCUGGGCAGGUGCUGAGCCACGCAGCGGGGCCCAGGACGUAGCUUCGGCUGGAGAGGAAAGUCGGGGGCGAGGACGAGCCUUGAACUUGCGGUGGGACGCUGACUCUAAGAUGUCCUUGAGCAGCAGCGGAGCCUCCGGAGGGAAAGGAGUGGACGCGAACCCGGUGGAGACCUACGACAGCGGGGACGAAUGGGACAUUGGCGUGGGAAACCUCAUCAUUGACCUGGACGCCGACCUGGAGAAGGACCAGCAGAAGCUGGAGAUGUCGGGUUCGAAGGAGGUGGGCCUCCCGGCCCCCAACGCUGUGGCCACGCUGCCUGACAACAUCAAGUUCGUGACACCGGUGCCAGGCCCCCAGGGAAAGGAGGGCAAGUCCAAAUCCAAGAGGAGCAAGAGCGGCAAGGAUGCCGGCAAACCCCCGCCGGGGGCGUCCCUGUUCACCCCAGGGGGCGAGGGGGCCCAGGGCAAGAAAGAGGCACAGGGCCGCUCGGGGGACGGGCCUGGUGCCGGGGGCCUGGUGGCCGCCAUGGCUCCCAAGGCCUCGGAGAAGGUGGCCAAGGCCUCCCGUGGCGUGGCAGGAGCCAAGAAGGAGAAGGAAGGCGGCCCGGCCAAGGGCAAGAAGGAGAGGAGCGAGGGGCCAGGCGCCUGCGCCACCACCGAGAAGGAGCCAGGGGUGCUGCAGCCCGUGGCCCUGGGUGGCCGGGGAGGCCCCUAUGAUGGGGGCACUGGGGUGGACGUGGGCCCUACCGAGCCACUCGGGAGUAUAGCCAUCGAACCAGGGACAGCACUCAACCCCCUGGGAGCUAAGCCGGAGCCUGAGGAAGGGGCAGGCGAGUGUCGUCCGAUCAAGAAGGUCAAGUCUGAGAAGAUGGAGUCUCCUGUGGCCGCACCGGCCGUGCUCCCGCUACACCUGCUGGUGCCUGUGGUCAGCGCUGACAUCGCGUCCCCCUGUGAGCAGAUCAUGGUCCGCACCCGCUCGGUUGGGGUCAACACGUGUGACGUGGCCCUGGCCACCGAGCCGGAGUGCCUGGGCCCCUGUGAACCUGGGACCAGUGUCAACCUCGAGGGCAUCGUGUGGCAGGAAACGGAAGAUGGGAUGCUGGUGGUGAACGUCACAUGGAGGAACAAGACCUACGUGGGCACGCUGCUGGACUGCACGAGACACGCCUGGGCGCCCCCCAGGUUCUGCGACUCCCCAACCAGUGACCUGGAGAUGCGCAAUGGCCGUGGACGGGGCAAGCGGGUCAGGCCGGGCAGCAACACCCCGGUCAGCGAGGCCACGGUGGUGGCCCCGGAGGGCAAAGGCGGAGGCGGCAGCGGUUCGGGGGGCGGUGGUGGGGGCAGCAAGACGCGGGCGGGUGGCAGCAGCAAGGGCCGGCGGGGCAGCCAGACGUCGGCCGAGCAGCGACCGGGGGCAGCGGGGGGCGAGGAUGCCAAGGCCAGCCCGUCGGCGGCCGGCAAGCGCAAGAGCAAGCCGCUGUCGGACCUGGAGCUCACGUCCAGCUCCGAGGACUCCAAGGGCGGCAAGCGUGUGCGCACCAGCUCCCUGGGCUCGGCAGGAGGGCUCGGGGGCGCCGGGGGCGCCAAGGCCGAGCCCCCCCAGCCCGACAGGAGCUGCGCCUCGCCCGUCCUCAUCGACUGCCCGCACCCCAACUGCAACAAGAAGUACAAACACAUCAAUGGGCUCAAGUACCACCAGGCCCACGCACACACGGACGAGGACGGCAAAGCCGAGGCCGACGGGGACAGCGAGGUCGGUGAGGAGCCGGGCCUCCCCAUGGCGGCCGAGCCCCCCAAGGGCCCGCUGUCCCCCGCCCGCUCCGCCACCCCCAAGGCGCGGCUGGCCGAGCCCCACAGCCCCUCCCCGUCGGGCAAGUUCGGCGCCAAGGGCCUCUGCAAGAAGAAGCCUGGCACCGCAGCCGACGGGGAGCCCGACCCCGGAGCCCUGUCCAACGACGGCUCGGAUGAUGGACCCCUGGCAGCCGACGAGACCAGCCAGGACGCCUUCGACGUGGCCGCCGCCGCCUCCGGGGACAGGGACAGGUGCAGGAAGGCCGGCGGCCCCAAGCCCGACAAGGCAGCCGCUGCCAAGGGCCUGAAGCCAGCCCGGCCCAUCGCACCCGCGCUGCCCCCGCAGCAGCCCGUCUACACCCUCCAGGCUGCCGCCUUUGCGGGGGCCGCCCCCCCGGGGAGCCUGGGUGCCACCGCCAUGGUGCAGGCCGUGCCCAGCAGCCCUCAGCUCAAGCCCAUCCAGCCCAAGCCCACCGUCCUGGGGGAGCCCUUCUCCGUGAACCCUGCCCUGACGCCCGCCAAGGACAAGAAGAAGAAGGACAAAAAGAAGAAGGAGCCCCCCAGGGAGCCUGAGGGGGGCCCGCUGACCCCCGGGAAGGCCGGUGGGCGGCCAGAGGAGGGCAGGAGCCCCUUCCGUGAGGCCCCCGGUGGCGGUGGGGAUGGGCCUAAGGGCGACGGGCUGCUCAACGGGGCGGCUGACCCGCACCAGAGCCGGCUGGCCAGCAUCAAGGCCGAGGCGGACAAGGUGUACAGUUUCAGCGACAAUGCGCCCAGCCCGUCCAUCGGGGGCGCCGCCAUCCGCCUGGACGGCGCUCAGCCCACCGCCCCUCCACUGGCACCCCUGCACGUGGUCACCCAGAACGGGGCAGAGGCCAGUGGCACCGCCAAGACCAGCAGCCCGGCCUACUCGGACAUCUCGGACGCCGGGGAGGACGGGGAGGCCCGGGUGGAUGGCGGCGCCAAGGCCCGAGAGCCCGACGGGGCAGCCAAGGAGGGUGCCAAGAAGGCGUUGUUCCCGCCUCAGCCUCCUGGCAAGGAGGCGCCCUACUACCCGGGCUUCGAGAGCUACUACCCACCCGGCAGCUAUGCCCAGGUCAGCCCGGGCGCUCUCAACCCUGCCGCCGCCGCCGCCACCGCCGAGGGCCCGGCCCUCAAGGCCAAGAAGGACGAGGAGCCUGAGGGCCCCGGCGGCGGCUGCGAGGCCAAGACCAAGGGUGAGGGCUGUGAGGACAAGAGGACGGAGCUGGGCGGCCCCAGCCCGCAGCCGUCCGUGAUCCAGCAGCGCCCGGGCGUGUACAUGCAGUCGCUGUACUACAACCAGUAUGCCUACGUGCCGCCCUACAGCUACAGCGAGCAGGCCUACCACGCACACCUGCUGCCCCGCCCGCCCUACGACGACCCCCAGAAGCGGCCGGGACCCGACCGGAAGGAUGAGUGGAAGCCCCGGCCCGCCGGGCCCCCCACCCUCACCAAGGCACCCAGCCUCACGGACCUGGUGGCCAAGGCCGCCCCCGGCAAGCCCAGGGAGCCUGGCGCCACCGCCGCCGAGCCCACCAAGUCCGUCAUCAUCCCCAAGCUAGACGAGGCAGCCGCCAAACUGCCUGGCCAGGCGCCCGACGGACCCAAGGGCAACAAGCUGGGCGAUGCCGGGCACCUGGGCAAAGAGGUCCCCGAACCCAAGACGGGUGCCGAGUGCAGCCGGCAGGCUGAGGUGGACCCCAUCCUGUGGUACCGGCAGGAAGCAGAGCCCCGGAUGUGGACCUACGUGUACCCCGCCAAGUAUGCGGACGUGAAGGCGGAGGACGAGCGCUGGAAGGAGGAGCAGCGGGAGCGGAAGCUGAAGGAGGAGCGGGCACGGGCCGGCAAGGACCCUGUGGGCCCCAAGGAGGAUGGCGGCAAGGACAGUGGCGACGGCAAGCUGCCCGGGGCAGCUGGUGAGGAGGCCCGGCUGGGCGCCAAGGAGCCUCGGCCUGGCACCCACGUGCCCGUGUCGUCGCCCCUCGGCCAGCACCAGGCCUAUCUGCCCUACGUGCACGGCUACUCCUACAGCCAGGCCUACGACCCCAGCCACCCCAGCUACCGCGGCGUGCCCGCCGUCAUGAUGCAGAACUACCCAGGCUCCUACCUGCCUUCCAGCUACUCCUUCUCCCCCUACGGCAGCAAGGUCUCGGGGAGCGAGGACCCCGACAAGGCACGGGUCAGCCCCAGUGUCAGCUGCAAGUCAGGCUCCGAGUCCAAGGCCCUGGACAUUCUGCAGCAGCACGCCAGCCACUACAAGAGCAAGUCCCCCACGAUAAGCGACAAGACGCCUCAGGAGAGAGACCGGGCCGGUUGUGGGGGAACUGGGAGCGGGGGCGGCUGCAGCAGCGUGGCAGCCGCGGGUGGGGCUGACCGCAGCGGGGACCGGCCCCGCACCUCCCCGUCCCAGCGCCUGAUGUCCACGCACCACCACCACCACCACCUGGGCUACUCGCUGCUCCCAGCACAGUACAACUUGCCCUAUGCAGCAGGGCUCUCCUCCACGGCCAUUGUGGCCAGCCAGCAGGGCUCAGCCCCCUCGCUCUACCCACCGCCCCGGAGGUGAGAAUGAGCCCCCCCUGGACCGAAGGCAGAGCCCCCCCGGCUGAGCCCGAGAGCUGGUCCCUGGCGGGGGAGUUCAUUCCAGGGGCCCUGGCCCCGAGGAGCACCGCUGUGCCCACCUCAAGGCACCCCCAAGUUCCGGGGAGGCCUGAAGACCGCACACAGCCACCCUCACCACCACCAUGGGGACCUUCCCCCCCUCCAGCCUGUGCCCCAGAGCCCUGCAUGGAGGAAGUAGAAUCUCAGGAAAGAAACGGGGCUGUUUCCUCUGUCCCUGUGGACACGAGGCCUUGCCCCCCCGCCACGAGCACAGGGUGCUCAGAGCCCAGCCCGACAGGAAGAUGCCCUUGGGCGGGGGGGCUCCGGGAAUCUGUGAAACUAAUGGUCCUGCUGCUCCUCAGACCCCCUAGCCCUGCGGUGCCUUUCCCAGGGGCCACCAAGGUGUCUCCCAGCCUGGCAGCUGGCAGGGAGGUACAGCCCGUCCCCGUGACCUGUGCCAUAUCUUCCGGGGGGGGGGGGGGGGGGGCGCUGAGUCGCAGGGCCUCUCUAUGCUCCCUGUAGAGCUGUUCUGAAGCCCCCCCAGGGGGUGGAUUCCCACUGGGGGGAACACAGCUCUGACUGCUCUUAAGGUGACACCCUGACACUCCCGUCCUCUUUCCUUGACCCGUCUGCAUGGAAAACGAGGCCGGCAGGUGCAGCCCAGUCAGAGAGGGCAGCCAGGCAAGUGGGUCCUUGUUUCUAAGUUGGGUUCUGAGCACAACCCCCACCACCCCCAUCUCCGGCCCCCCAGUUUGGGCCCUCUCAGCAGGCACCCCAGCAUUCCUUCUGCCCCUGUACUUUGUUCAGCCCAACGGUCCCCAGGCCCUCCCCAUCACUGUCUGUCUUCACUCUGGUGUGUCCCUUGCCUGGCACUCUGUACAUAGUGUGAGGACCUGUGGACAGUCACCCUUUUCCCCUGGGGCCAGGCAUGGUGGCCUCUACUCCACACGGGAGGACUUCUGAGCAGGCCAGCCUGGGGGCUCUACGGAAGGGAAUCACUUAUUCUUAGUUUGGUUUUUUUUUUUUUUUUUGUUAUUGUUGUUGUUUCUCCCUUGAAAACUUUUGGUUUCUUCUACCUUUGUGUCCCCCCCCCCCAUUCCCCUGGUUCCCUCCCUCCUCUGCAGCUGGGGGAUCCUAGGGUCAGGGGGAAUAGCUGCAAGGCCUCCCAACCCCACCCCCUUUGCACGGCAGCUGCCAGGGCUCGGACACCCCCAGAGCCAGGCGCGGAGGGCCACCCCACCCCACCACAGACAGGGCUCAUUUUCCUGGGGCUCCCCCAUGAAAAUCCCCCAAAGUCAGAGAGCUGGUCCUCCUGCACUUACCUCAUCCCUCCUGUCCCAGGGUAGGGCGACAGGCAGCAGAGGUGAAUCAGGCACCCUGUGAGAUGAAGUGUGUGUAUGGGGGGUGAAGGGGGUGCUUCUGGAACCUUCUUUUCCAAUUUCCAAGCGGGGAGGGGAAGGGGGAGAGAGGACCUGACUGAAGAGGGAGGUUCUGCUUGCUGAAGGGCUAAGCAUUCCCGUGUGAGGUCCCUAACAGCCUGAGCUCCAGCAGGCACUUCCUCUGAUGCCCCCCAAGAUUCAACUGGGCAGCUAGCUGGGCCCAGCACCCUGGGCCCAUGUCUUUUGUUCUCCCCUCUCCAGCCCCAGUCCUCCCCCCCCCCCCCCCCCCCCGCUUGCCUUGGUGCUCAGCCCCCCACCUGGGGAGCAGGUUGGGGCAAGCGGGAGGCCCUGGGCCAGAAGCCGCUGUUGCUGUUGGUAGCUUUUGUCCCAUUGGCGUUGCUGUUGGGUUCCAGUUUAGUCUUGCUGAUUCUUCCCUUCUGUAAAGUGUACAAUACUAAGUUCCUUGUUCUUUAUAUAUAUAUAUAUAUAUAAAUACAUAUAUAUAUAUACACACACACACACACACACAUAUAUAUACAUAUAUAUACAAGCUGUGCUCUCUUUGCCUGUGUACAUUCAGGCAAGAAGAGAAAAUAAAUCUUUUUAAGAGACAAUCACAAAUCUGUGAGGGCUGCUGGUUAUUUCUCCCGGAAUGUGCCGCCCACCCACCCCCCAACCUGCCCCCCCCCCAGCCAGCCCGAACCGAGUCCAGUGUCCACCAGCUUCCAGGAGCUGCCACCCCCUCCCCCAGGCCUCUCCCUCAGAACCUACCCCUCUUCACAGGAAGUCAAGCUAUGCAGUGGGGGUCACUCUAAGGCUUUGCACUACUGAAACCCGCCUGGGAGUUAGGAGCCCCCAGAAACCCGAGCCCACUGUCCCCACCCCCACCCCACACCAAGGACCGGCCCCAGGUAGCCCCAGGGUGACGACCCCCACCACACACACAAGGGCUAUUGGCUCCAACACACUGGACAAGGGCAUUGGGGGGGUGGUCCCAAAACAGCCUAGCCAGACCUCUGUAUUUCCUCUUCCUGUCCCCCUUCUCCACUUUCUACUCCUUCUUCUUGAUCAACUUUGGAAUUGAAGUCUAUUUUUAAAUUAUUGGUUGUAUUUAUUGAAUAAAGUUUGUAAUGUCCCUGUUUUUAAACUCA